AUUCCAUCCCUAGCCUUGGAGCUGGUGAAGGAAGCCAUCGACAAGGCUGGCUACACAGAAAAGAUUGUCAUUGGCAUGGAUGUCGCUGCCUCGGAGUUUCAUCGUGACGGCAAAUAUGACUUGGACUUCAAGUCUCCUGCUGAUCCUUCCCGAUACAUCACUGGGGACCAGCUAGGGGCCCUCUACCAGGACUUUGUCAGGGACUAUCCUGUGGUCUCCAUUGAGGACCCCUUUGACCAGGAUGAUUGGGCUGCCUGGUCGAAGUUCACAGCCAAUGUAGGGAUCCAGAUUGUGGGUGAUGACCUGACAGUGACCAACCCAAAGCGUAUUGAGCGGGCAGUGGAGGAAAAGGCCUGCAACUGUCUGCUGCUCAAGGUCAACCAGAUCGGUUCGGUCACUGAAGCUAUCCAAGCGUGCAAGCUGGCCCAGGAGAAUGGCUGGGGGGUCAUGGUGAGUCAUCGCUCAGGAGAGACCGAGGACACAUUCAUCGCCGACCUGGUGGUGGGGCUGUGCACAGGCCAGAUCAAGACUGGAGCCCCGUGCCGUUCGGAGCGUCUGGCUAAGUACAACCAGCUCAUGAGAAUUGAAGAAGAGCUGGGGGAUGAAGCCCGCUUCGCCGGACAUAAUUUCCGCAAUCCCAGCGUGCUGUGAUCCCUCUCCUUACCCGGAGACUUGGAACCCCUCUCCCAUCCUCCUGGAACCUCUUUCUUCCUGUCCUGCUCUGUGACAUCUCACCCUGCCCG